GAUGGAUAGCAUCCAGUGGCAAUUUCAAACCUGACACUGACCAGACCUCAAGAUUAGGCACUCGACUAAUCAGGUUAACUCCCUGCCGUCCCGCUUCCAGAAAGAACCGAUCUAAAACCUCCCCGCCACGCGAAGCAAAAUCGCGUGCCUUCCCCCGACAGAUUCACUUCCCUCCUUCCCACUCCAAGCACCAAGCUACCAACCCGAACUGCCUCACGGCCGCGCCGGUCACUGCCUCCGCCGCGCCGCGUCGCCACUCGCCACCCCGCGCGCACUAGUCUUUGCCAUGGCGCUGCGUGGCAGCAUCCAAAUGGAUACGGGAAGCGGGCCCGCGCUCCAGUACCUCCUGUGCCUCGCCUGGGUCGCGGCGACCCUCCCCAUCGCCGCCGCCGCGCUGCCGAUCCCCGCGGCCGCUGGCGGCAGGUUCAUCCACGGCCUGCUCUGCGCCUUCUCGUCCCGCGGGAAGACAGUCAGGCCCUCGUCCUCGUCCUCGUCCAAGGCGAGGUUCACCGUUUCACAAAAAUGCUUCUUGCAUUUUUACGUGGUGGGUGCGGUUGUGACGACUAGCUUGCUACUUGCAAUAUGGUUCUAUGCAUACAUGAAAAUGACACCUUUGAUGCCAGAACAAUCGAGUUACUCCACAAUUGCUAGUCAUCUUGUUGGUGGUUCAAAUUCAUUCCAUUUGGCAAAUUUCUGGUCAUCACGCCCCAUGGAACACAAGUAUCGUGUCUGGCGUACUGUAUUUGUACUUAUAUUGAUGGAAAUUCAGGUCCUGAGACGCCUAUAUGAGACUGAACAUGUCUUCCACUACAGUCCUUCAGCUCAAAUGCACAUCAUAGGAUACCUAACGGGUAUUUUCUACUAUGUGGCCGCACCUUUAUCACUUGCUAGUUCUUGUCUUCCUGAAGCAAUACAGUAUCUUCGAUAUCAAAUAGCUGAGUUCAUAGUGAAGGGUAGAGCAAGAAUGCCAGAUCUAUCAAUUGACCCAUCACAUCUCUUGAAGCCUCUUCUAAAGUUGGGGUGGUGCCAGUGGAUUGGUGCUGUUAUUUUCAUCUGGGGCUCACUCCAUCAGAUCCGCUGCCAUGCAAUUCUUGGAUCAUUGCGUGAACACAAAGAUUCUGAUGAAUAUGUAAUUCCGUGCGGUGACUGGUUUAGUCUAGUGUCUUGCCCUCAUUACCUUGCUGAACUAGUAAUAUAUUUUGGCAUGUUGGUGGCUAGUGGUGGAUCAGACAUUCCGGUGUGGUUCCUGUACCUUUUUGUGAUAACAAAUUUGUCCUUUGCAGCGGUACAAACACAUAAAUGGUAUCUUCAGAAAUUUGAAGAUUACCCUCGUUCUCGCUACGCAAUCGUUCCAUUUGUAUGCUAGAUGUCCCCAUAAAUGCCAACAGCAUUUGUUGUCUGUUUUCAUCUGCUUGCACCAGUCAGGCAUGCAACAGAUAUUGAUGUAAAUGUGACUAUGCAAUGUUGAACUUAAGUAGUUCCGAUCAUUCUGAAUGUGCUUAGAAGGUUAUAAGGUUAUGUUUGUGUAUGUAGAUUAUAACACACAGAUAUUUGAUGUAAAGUAGUAUUAAUUAAUACUUUUUAGCAUUAAUGAAAAUGAAGUCCUUCAGAACCAGAGGCUUAUCAAGGACUAGUGACCAUCUAACUGAUAGUGAAACAAAUGGUGUUAUUGUUCAUCAUA